AUGCAGCCUUCAGAGGGUGCACAGAUUGAUCUGGGCAAGGCCCAGGUCAUUGACCGUGUCCCCAAAGUGAUCAAGGAGCUGAAAUUCGGCGUAUUGACAAAUGAUGAUAUUGUCGGCCAAGCCGUUGUCGAAGUCUCCGACAGAAAGUUUUUCGACCUCGACCGUGACCGCGCGGUCGUUGCCCAUGGCCCUCUCGAUGCGCGCAUGGGCAUUUCGAACAAGACAUCAACGUGCCAAACUUGCGGCUAUCACCUCAAGGAAUGCAAUGGUCACUUUGGUCAUGUAAGAUUGGUUUUGCCGGCAUUUCACGUCGGUUAUUUCAAGCGUGUUAUUGCUGUGCUUCAGGAAAUCUGCAAGGAAUGCUCUCGCAUUUUGCUUCCGGAGGCGGAAAGGCGCUCUUUCUUGCGCGAGAUGCGACGACCCGGUCUAGACAACCUACGACGAACACAAAUUGCGAAGCGAAUUAAUGAGCGAUGCCGAAAGACUCGGGAGUGUGAACAUUGUAGCGCGAUCAACGGUGUCGUGAAAAAGGUCGGCUCGAGUGCGUUGAAGAUCACUCACGACAAAUUCCGCGCAUUCAACGCAUCAACCUCCGUGAAAAAGCAGCCCCCGCUGAGCAAACAAGUUUUUGAUGACUCCUUUUCCGAGGCACGACACGUGAACCCUGAGGUCGAGAAGCAUUUCAAGAAGGCACAAGACGAUCUAAAUGCGCUCCGUGUUCUCAAACUGUUCAAGAAAAUCUCUGACAGUGACUGCGAGCUGAUCGGUCUUGAUCCGAAAGAAGCACGACCGGAAAUGUUCCUUUGGCAGUUUAUCCCAGCUCCUCCCGUCUGCAUUCGUCCCUCCGUUGGCCAAGAUGCUGCCUCGACUGAAGAUGAUUUGACUGCCAAGCUGGGUGAUAUCGUCCAGAGCAAUAUCAACCUCAAAAAUGCUCUUCUCAAGGGUGCUCCAGUUCAGACCAUUGUGGAAUGUUGGGACUAUAUGCAACUUCAAAUCGCAGUCUACAUUAACAGCGAUGUGCCCGGUCUCAACAAGGCGGAUCUCGGAAAACCUAUUCGCGGCUUCGUUCAACGACUCAAGGGUAAACAAGGUCGUUUCCGUGGUAACUUGUCUGGAAAACGUGUCGAUUUCUCCGGUCGUACGGUCAUUUCGCCCGACCCUAAUCUGCGAGUCGACGAGGUCGCCGUCCCGGAAUUGGUGGCGAAGAACAUGACUUAUCCUGAGGUUGUCACUCGAUACAACAUCGAAAAGCUACGAGAACGAGUGCGUAAUGGGUCUACGAAGUGGCCCGGUGCCAACUAUCUGUACAAAAAGGGAUCCACGUUCAGAACCAUGCUGAAGUAUGGUAGCCUCAAACACAUGGCUAGUGAGCUGCAAGAAGGCGAUAAGGUGGAGCGUCAUAUUGAGGACGGUGAUAUCGUUCUCUUCAAUCGACAGCCAUCGCUGCACAAGCUCAGUAUUCUUUCCCAUUUUGCUAAAGUCCGACCGCAUCGAACUUUCCGACUCAACGAGUGUGUUUGUAACCCUUACAAUGCCGAUUUUGAUGGUGAUGAGAUGAACUUGCACGUCCCACAGACAGAGGAGGCCAGAGCAGAGGCUAUGGAGUUGAUGGGUGUGAAGAACAACUUGGCCACGCCCAAGAACGGCGAGCCUAUCAUUUCUGCUAUCCAGGAUUUUAUCAGUGCUGCUUUCCUUCUCAGUAGCAAGGACAACUUCUACGACCGUGGCUCGUUCACGCAGAUCUGUCUUUACAUGCUGGGUCCACAAACACGUUUUGACUUGCCUCCACCAGCGGUUCUGAAGCCUCAGGCGCUUUGGACGGGUAAGCAGGUCUUCAAUAUAAUGAUGCGUCCCAAUACCGAUGAUCCCGUUCUCGUUAACCUCGACGCUGCAUGUCGUCAAUUUAAGCAACCCAAAGACGGCCGACCAAAGGACCUUGAUCCGCAUGAUGCUUGGCUAGUCAUUCGCAAUUCUGAGGUUAUGUGCGGUGUCAUGGAUAAGUCCACCAUCGGUUCCGGAAAAAAGGACAAUGUUUUCUACAUUAUGCUUCGUGAUUUCGGUCCUCCUGCAGCUGCCGAGGGCAUGAACCGUUUGUCUAAACUGUCUGCGCGCUGGUUCACUAACAUGGGAUUUUCUAUUGGUAUCACCGAUGUUUAUCCUAGUGCGCAACUGGUUCAGUCGAAGAAUGACUUGGUUGAAACUGCUUACGCCGCUUGUGACGAAGUUAUUGCCCAGUACAAGGCUGGUACGCUGGAGAAGUAUCCUGGUUGUGACGAGUUGCAAACUAUGGAGAACCAGCUGUCCGGUAUCUUGAGUAAGGUCCGUCAACAGGCUGGUGACGAAUGUAUCGCGCAGCUCAGCAAAUACAAUUCCCCCUUGAUCAUGGCCACUUCUGGAUCCAAGGGUUCCAGUAUCAACGUCUCACAGAUGGUUGCCCUUGUCGGUCAACAAAUUAUCGGUGGACAACGUGUACUGGAUGGUUUCCAGGACCGAACUCUGCCUCAUUUCCCCAAAAAUGCCCGUCAGCCCCCCUCAAAGGGAUUCGUUCGAAAUAGUUUCUUCUCGGGUCUCGAGCCCACGGAAUUCAUUUUCCACGCUAUGUCUGGUCGUGAAGGUCUGGUUGAUACGGCUGUCAAGACUGCUGAAACUGGUUACAUGUCCCGUCGAUUGAUGAAGUCUCUUGAAGAUCUCUCGUCGCAGUACGACGACACCGUUCGGAACUCGUCCUCUGCCAUUGUCCAAUUCCAGUAUGGUGAUGAUAAGUUGGACCCGGUGGAUAUGGAGGGUAAAGCCAAGCCUGUCCACUUCGACCGCACUUUCAUCCACUCCGAGUCCACAACCUACAAUAACGACGAGCGAAGCUUGCUACCUAACGAAAUCAUGGAGGUGUGUGAGGAGAUGCUCUCAAAGGAACGCGCUAAGCUCAUCCGCAAGGAUUUGAUGGGCAAUCAACUGGGCUAUAUGGAUCGCAGCGACAAUGGCAUUGAUCAAUUUGAGAGUGCUCGUGACUUCCUUGAUUCUAUCCAACAAUAUGUCCAAACCAAGGCUGACAGGCUUAUCUCUCGUGGUGGUGACUUUGAUCCAUCAGACGCGAGGAGUCGGAAGGGCCUAGACCACACUGGCAAGCUGACAGGGACUACUCUAAAGGCCUUCAUCACGGCAUGUUUGCUGAAGUACAAGAGAGCGCAAGUCGAGCCUGGUCAUGCAGUCGGUGCCGUUGGUGCCCAGUCUAUCGGUGAGCCCGGUACGCAGAUGACCUUGAAAACCUUCCAUUUCGCUGGUGUCGCCGGUAUGAGUAUCACUCAGGGUGUGCCCCGUAUUAAGGAAAUUAUCAACGCUUCCAAGGAGAUCAGUACUCCUGUUGUGGCUUGCGAACUGGUCACCAAGGACAGCAUUGCUGCAGCUCGUAUUGUCAAGGGUCGAAUUGAGAAGACAUAUCUACGAGAUAUCAUUCACUCGGUUACUGAGAAUUGGAACGGAAACGAGGCUUACGUGAAGGCCAGGAUCAACUUCAAAACAAUCAAUGAUCUGCAGCUUGAGCUUCGUAUGCCCCAGAUUGUCGCUGCGAUUAAGAACCACAAGCGUUUCAAGGGCGAUGACCUCAAGUUCAGUACCACUGGGCGCUCCAUCAAGGUCACCAUUGACCUGGAUCCAUCCAGCAAAAACAACUUGUCGAAGACUGAGAUCGCAGCUACCAGUGCUGACCCCUUCCUGCGUCUGAAGCAUCUUAAGCGUAUUUUGCCCAGUAUUCAAAUCCUUGGGCACCCGCGUGCCUACCGUGCUAUCAUCCGAACAGAUGAGACGUCCACUACCAAUACCUUGUUGGUCGAAGGCUACGGUCUACGAGAGUGUAUGACCACAGUGGGUGUUGACGGUCUCCGAACCACAACCAACAAUGUCAUGGAGGCCCGCCAGGUCCUUGGUAUCGAAGCUGCGAGAAGCACGAUCGUCACUGAGAUCAGUGAGGUCAUGAAAGACAUGGACAUUGAUCCUCGUCACAUGCAACUUCUGGCUGAUGUCAUGACUUACAAGGGUGAGGUACUGGGUAUUACUCGUUUCGGUCUGGCCAAGAUGCGUGACUCUGUUCUUCAACUCGCCUCGUUCGAGAAGACCGCAGAUCACCUGUUUGACGCCGGUGGUGCCGGCCGUACCGAUCUCAUUGAGGGUGUCUCUGAGUGUAUUAUUAUGGGCAAGACCAUGGGACUGGGCACCGGUGCAAUGGAAGUUGUCCGCAAGCUGAACUUCUACGAGGGACAAAUCGGUCCGCGGAAGACCGUUUUCGAAGACGCUUGGUCCGAACUGGGCGAGGUGCUCCCGAAGAAACCCGCGAGGAGAGUUCGGUAG